ACAGAGUAUAAAUAUGGACUAGAAAUCGGUAUAGUUUGAAGACUUGAAGAAGCUGGUCAAAAUGAAGCACCAAAUAGUGAUUUUUCUCGUUUGUGCUUUGGUCGCAACUUCUGUGGCAGAAUUUAAAUGUGAAAAAGGCACCCCUUACAAGGAGAACAAUUGCAACUCUUGCAACUGCUUAGAUGGAGGAUUACUGGCAUGCACCGAAAUUGCAUGUCUCGGUGACGAGUACCAGAGGUCGUUCAACUGCGUGGAGGGAACUGUCACCCAAAACAACUGUAAUACGUGCACUUGCGUUGAGGGACAAGGUACAAUUUGUACCAAUCACAAAUGUUAAUAGAUUAUACGAAACAAUUAAAUAAAUAUUUCAGUGCAACCCUUAA